AUGUUCAACCUUGAUUCUAGGAUUUUUAAUGUGUUGUCUGGCACAAAAUUUUUUGAAAUCCCAAUUAAAAGGAAAAUUGGUGGUCUUUCUGAAUCAAGUAGAUAUCUGAACAUUAAUGAUAGAAAAAAUAAGCGAAAUUUUGAAAACAAAGAGAACAUUGAUUUAGGAGAUAUAUCAUCACCAUCAUCAGAAGAGGACAUUUUAAUACUUAGCAUUAAGCCUAAGAAAAAAACCAAAAAUAAUAAUAAUAAAUUAUUUGAGAAGAAUACUGAUG